AUGUGGGAAGCAUUCUUAGCUAUUCUCACUUUGUCUAUGGCAACAGGUGCUGCCCCAGAACAGCACUGUAAGUACGAUGACGUUCUUCAGUACCUAAAUAUCUCCUCUGAAAAGGCACCCCCACUACAUACGAUACCCAAGGAAAAUUGGAAAGAGCCGUUGAAAGUGGAGACACAAUUUAUACUGAUUUCCAUCCUCUCGGUGAAUGAAAAGCUUCAAACUGUCACAGUCUAUUUCGUAGUGACCAUGGAGUGGAAAAAUGUCUUUGUGACUUGGAAUCCUCAGGAUUUCUGUAACAUUUCCAAACUCGUUCUGCCAGUAGAUACAUUUUGGUCUCCAUAUAUCGUCAUUUAUGAACAAGUGGAUGAAGAGAAAUCUCUCAGCAGGCCCUUUCUGUCCAUCACUCACAACGGCAUCAUUAGCACAACCCAACAGCACCAGGCCACCAUAACGUGCAGCUUGGAGAUGCACCAGUUUCCAUUUGACAGCCAGACGUGCAACUUGAGCAUAUUCUCAUCUAUGUAUUCAGACAUUAUACUCCUGUCCAAACAGACAACAGAAGAGGCGAAUAAACAAAGCCAACUUUAUCACCUGACCAAUGGAGAAUGGAAGUUUAUGAACAUAAACAUCAUAGAAUACACAGAUUCAGUGGACAAAGAAGAGUUUGCUGUGAUCAUCUAUCAGAUCUCCAUGAAAAGACGACCCAUUUUAUACGUUUUGAACCUUAUCUUCCCAACAUGCGUGCUCUACUUAUUGGAUAUGGCUAUUUUGUUCAGUGCCAGCUCUUAUGGGGACAAGAUCAGCUUCCAGCUGUCACUCAUCAUUGGAGAGUCUGUGUUAGCUGUGAUUCUUAAGGACAUUCUUCCCACUUCUUCCGAUGACCCACCCAUAAUAGUGAUGUUUUUCAUAGGUGUCUUUGUCCUAAUGAUUAUGGGUGUAUUGGAGACCUGCCUAUUAAUGCAGCUGAAAAAGAAACCCCUACACCCUUUACUCAAGGCUAUCAAACUGCUGAGAUGCCACAAGCAAGCUAGAACAGCAUCCGGAAACCUCCUAAGCAAGCAGGGAGAUUCGCUGACUGAGAUGGCCAGGGGACAAGAGGAGAGGAGAGAUUCAAGCCCACUUGGAAAGGGAAAUACAGAACUACCCAUGCUUAUGGAAACAAUCAAUGCAGAAGGGAAGCGAAUUGGGACCCAGGCAGAGGUACAGGAGUGCGAGUCAACUCUGCUAGUUCUGGAGAAGGUGCUUUUCUGCAGCCAUUUGCUUUUAUCACUACUGUUUAGCAUCAUCAUUAUUGUACAAUGGAGCAGUUAAAUGUGGGCUAAUUGCCUUUUCUAAUACUUGCUUGCCUCAACCUCCUCCCUAACAAGGUUUUCUUGUUUCUUAUGCUUGAAUUAAGCCGUGUACUGCAUGUCUGAAUAACAGUGCAAGCUCUGCAGGGCAGGAGCCUUGUUCUUGCAUGUGCUUUGUAAAGCAAUGUGUACACCUAGGGCAUCCCAUCAGCAAAUAAGUUACCGGAAUAAAAUACAUUCAUGGAGCUAGUGUUCCAGCUGACAGGGAAUUACUGGAGUAGGUAUAAGUCAUCUGAGCUGUACCUCUCAAAAGUGCUGAACUACACGUGGAGAUCUGGGGGGAACAAAGCAAACAUGAAAUAGCACAAUGGACUAGAUUAGUGCUGGUCUUGAUGGGAUGAGACAGGCUCCUCCAACUGUGAUUGGAGUCCAGGCUACCACUAACCAGGUCCAAUGAGCGUAUCAUGGGCAGGCUACAGAGAGAUGCUUGAACUUGUAAAACAGGAAAGGGCUGAAAGCUAAACUGGACUGCUCAUUUGUGCAGCUGAACUGUUCUCAGUCACCUGAACAACCAGAACAGGGAGAGUAUUCUACAAACACUAAACCUUGGCAUCCUGCUUGGAAGACUCAAUCCUGUCCUCCUUCAGGAACUAUCCCCACCCUGUAAAGAGUGCAGAGCUUCCAAAACCAGUUGCCUGCUUAUUUGACAG